GCGUAGUGUUUCAUAUUUCACUCUUUCUUCUCUCCUGCAGCGGAAGUGAGAAUCCUAUGUUGGAUUUAUUCAAUCUCCUUGGAUGGGGGACGUUUUGGGAAGGAGAGGACCUACCGCAAAGUGCUUCAACGCGGCUUGUACAUAUCGUCAAUAUAUCUCAGAGUCAACCCCCAUGGUUGGCCCGACCAUUGUAUGGUCUAGCAGCACCGAUAAUUAUCCUCAUUACGCUCAUCACAAACUCAUUCAUAGUUGUGGUAUUGUCAAAUAAAAAUCUACGAACGCCAACGAACUAUAUCCUGCUUUCAAUGGCAAUAACGGAGCUUAUGACUGGUUUAUCUUCGUGUCCAUGGUUUCUGUAUUACUAUACAUUCGGCGGUCUUUAUCACGAUCAACAGUAUGGCUUGCCGGAUUUCUGGUGCAAGACUCAUCCUUACCUUGCUGUGCACUUCCCCACUAUAUUUCACACUGCAGCCAUAUGGUUGACGGUAUAUUUAGCUAUUCAGCGAUAUAUUUACGUCUGCCUUCCAUCACUAGUUGUCAAAUUUUGCACCCCAGAGAAGACCAAACAUAUCAUCAUCUACAUAUGCAUUUGCGCUUUCGUUAGCGAAUUGCCGGUAAUGUUCACCGGGUACAGUGUGAGUCUUCAGACGUCGAAUACGACGCGAAGUUGUUUCCACAAAAGCGUGGAUAUAAUCGAUUCGGUAAUAGGCGUCGACUCAUGGAAAGCGAUGAUGUUGUGCCUUCGAGCCAUAUUUGUUCAUAUACUGCCAUGUGUUCUGCUUAUUAUUUUUACUACAUGUUUAUUCAAGACCGUAAACGAAGCAGAUCGAAAGCGUAGCAUACAUCAGAUCCCAUGUCGUAAAACGCAAUCCACAUCCGGGUGUUUGUCUUCAAAUCGACUUAUGCAUGCCACUACGAGAAUGUUGCUCGUCGUCAUCGCCAUUUUUCUGCUAAUUGAAAUUCCUGUAGCAUUGAUUUUUAUCAUGCACUUGUUAGUUGUAUUUUAUCAGUUGCUCGAUAUGAGCGACUACAAAACUGUUAAUAAUCUGCUUAUAAUAAGGAAUUUUUUGAUCAUACUAACCUAUCCGCUCAAUUUUGCUAUCUAUUUCGGGAUGAGCUCGUCGUUUAAACUGCAGUUUCGGCAGUUGUUCUCGCGACAAGUCCUAUAUAUCACAUCUCCAGCAGAUGGUGCUGGAUGGCGUCCACGCUUUUCUGUACAGCUUAUAGAUAUUCAUAAAUUACGCAGACCAAGUCGAUUGAUGCGCAAAGUAACUCAGGGUUAUGGUCAGAAACGGAUGUCGGCAACUGCACUGGAUGCCGCUGCGAUGACUGACGAUACCGAAAAUGGUGUGACGACGAAACUUUCGCUGAACUCUGUCGCCGUUCUUUUGUCCAACAUAACGAACGACUGUCACAUGGCCACCCGCGGCGUAUCUCUACACGAUGUCUCAAUUGCCCUGAGACCUUUCUACUUUGCCGUUCACCCAGACAGAUUUGCCCGAAAUCCCAAAGCCAGAGCUCAAAAUGAGAAGUCACUCCAGGUUUUCAAUGGCUAUUUGAACGACCUUUUUCCUGUAACCAGUACCAUUCGACCGAUCGGUGUUCGCUUUUCGAUAGUUAACAAGGAUAACAACGACUUACAAGAUGUCGACAUCACUCUGAGUGGGACUGACCCUAUGCAAAUUGUGAGGCAUGCACUCGAAAGCUGUAAGCUGCCGACAAAAGACAUCCCUGUCGAAAGUCUCAGUAGCUCCCCUUCCUGGUCACCGUCACUAGGCACUCAUUUUGCUAGAAACUUAAAUAUAAACCCAGACUUGUUGAAAAUAUACUUACGAAAGAAGAAACGACAAAGCGCUAGAAAUGAUUUGAGAUUCGUGUUGAGGAACUCGCGGGAUGCUGCCAUCCAAAAAUCGAAGGAGGCUGAGCUUACAAAAAUGACGCUGAAGGAUGAUAUCGACGACGUUAAAUGGCGAACAGGCGCUAAAGAUGUUGUGUGGCAAAUGGAUUGGGCGGAAUCACACAUGAGGAGAUGCUUAGCUAACUUGAACAGGCUUCUCGAUCAUUCUUUGCCCGGUGACAGAGAAACAAUUAUCCAUGCUUUGUACAAAAACGUACUCAGGUUUGGUCGCGGUUCCUUUGUUUGUUGCGAUGGUUCAAUCCAGUUGGGAGCUGACCACGUGCCCGAACAGUGGGAACAGAUUUGCCUGGAAGCAUCUGUUCGUCGUUCCCAAUUGCCUCAGUUACGAAAUGCAACAGCCGAUCUGCGACAGUUACUUGGAGGAGCUGUUGUUAUCGUUCCUCAUCACAAAGGUCUUGCUCAGACUCUUCAGCAGAUUCAGAGUCUCAGUGUGAGAUUGCGAAGCAGGGAAGAUCUUCUAGCAGAUUUAGCCAAACAUGGGAAAGGAACCAUGAUCGAGGUGGUGACAUCGUACGAUGAGCUUGCUGUUGGUUUGGAUGGUCGCCUGUUAAUCCCCUGCAACGUCGAUGUCGCCUCCUUCUGCACGUUUCUAAAGGAUUCUGCAGAAGCCUCUCGUUCCGUCAACAGGACCAUGCUCCAAAAAAUGACAGAGCUCGAGGCGGAUUGUUUGGACUGCCAGCGUCAGCUUGGCCUUCUCUCUCUUGAAUGGGAUAAUGGCUUACGCCUUGACGAAGUUCUUGAAUGUGUUCGACGACUUCGAAACAUAGACGAAGAAGCAAAGAAAAACCUUCGCGGGCUUGGCGUGAAGCUUUCGCUAAAUCCGAAUGUUUUCGUCAUGAAUGACGGUCGUAUAUCCAUUCCACUGAACUGGAUCUGAUUUUAUGAUCAUGCAAAAGUCCCCGUAGAAUUGAAUAUAUAGCAUUCACCCUGUAAAUAGAUACUCACUGUAUCCUUCUCUUGUAAUCAUUCUACUUGUUCGUUAUGGUGCCAAAUUUUUGUUUGAUCUUUCGGUGAUUUCUCUUGUGAUACUUGUAAUGCCUUAUUUGAAAGCUCAUCUCUUUGUUCGAAUUUGCUGUCAGAAGUUA